CUGUUUCUUCAUCCGUUGUCACGACGUUCUACCAAGAGCAACCGAAGAGAACCGGAAGUCCUUUCUCGCCGUAACCGCAACUCGAGGAUCUUCACCAAUAAAACCUACAAUCGUUGUCUAUCGUACCGAAGACGUUCACGGAGAGAUCAAGAGAAACAAAAACACACGUUUAGUCAAAAAUCACCGCGAAUUACCGUUUAAUAAUCAGCUAAUCAUCAUGCGGAGCAGCAUCAGAAUGUUAACUUUCGCCUGCGUGACGACGAUCGCGCUUAUUUUCGGGCAGGUCGCAGCCCUUCCACCGGCGCAAUGUAGCCCUGGGCUUCUCGACGAAGUUCCACCAAGGAUUCGUAAAGUUUGCGCUGCCCUAUCAACGAUUUACGAACUCGGUUCCGCAAUGGAAACUUACCUGGAUGAAAAAGCGUAUAACUCGGGACCCGUUAUCCACGGAAAUAUCCCCCUUCCCGACAGCGGAGUAAAACGCCAGGACGUCGAUCACGUCUUUCUUCGCUUUGGUAGACGACGCUAGGCGUCUGACUUCCAUUCGACGCCUAUAUAAUAUCUUAUAUGCGACGGAAGACGAAGCAAGCAGCGAAUCUUCCGACCUUCAAUUUCCAGCAGAAUUUACAUAACGGUUAUUUAUUUUUAACUGCCAUAAAUAUAUAUAUAAUAUAUACCCGAACAAGACGCGUUGGAGUAAACGAUAGUAUUUGAUAUACACAUAUUGCGCUGCUUUAUAUUUUCUCAUUGGGUCAGCAAUAUUUUAUCAAUUUCUGUACAGCUAUAAAAUUGACUAAGUGCGAGUGAAAAAUAUUUAGGGAGUAUAUACGUAUUUGUCAAUUACCGAUACUGCAACCGGAAGUACAUUUAAGAGACAACAGAAAAAACAAGGAAUUGGUCGGUGAAAAAAAAUAUAUUUAAAGAUCACUUGUUUUUUCUUUUAUCUUCUUUCCGUUGGUUCGUGAUUACAAAAGGAUCGCAGAUUUAUUGAUUCGUUCGCUAGUUUAUUUAUUUGUGGUAUUUCUUUUCUUUCCUUUUCCUUUUCCUUCUCUUCAAUAUAUUCAUACGCUCCAUGAGUACAAGUCACUGUAUAUGUAUAUAUAUAUUUAUGUUUUGAAUCUGAUUUAUAUUAAGUAAUGAAUUUAAGUACGCCAACAACUAACACUAAAAAAAAAGAGAGUCGUACAUGUGAUUUGCAUCAUGUCUAUGUAACGUUAUCUGUUUUACAUGAAUAUUAAUUAUUAAAUCAAGUGCAGUAUUAUAUAUAUAAAUGAAUAUAUAUUAUAUAUAUGUAUUAAAGCUAUUUGACGUUUCAAUAAAAACAAGAAUCAACCUAUC